AUGGCCGGUGCUGCUGUACUCAGGAUGAACAGCGAUAGUCCAUCCCGUUUCUCUCUCUCGGGCAGUCGCAAGAGCAUUUUGGCUGGUAUCAAGGCCAAUUCUCUCAAACAUGACGGCUUUUCCAACGGCGGUGCUGGCGACAUCGAUGCCGAUCAUGCUUCCGAGCACGUUCAUCCUAUCCCGUUCUCCAACACGGAUGCCGUUCUCCGCCGUCAAAACGCCGAUGGCGAUGCUGCAAGUCUCCAGCCAGCGAGCGUCAAGGGACGUGCUUCUCGCAGCAACUCGAUGGCUUCUCGCAAGAGCCAUCGCAUGCCUGCCUCUCCCUCUCGCUCCAUGGCCGGGGACGGAAGCUACGUCCUUCCCGGCUCCCGUGGCGCUGAUGAUAGCGGCUACCUUGCAGCUGGUCUUGCCAACGCUGGAAAUGAUCGAACGCGCGUUUCCUCAGCUGCAAGCUUGGCUCUCAAAAAGAGCAGCUCUAACCUCUCACAGAGCGAUGCCCGUUCCAUCGAUUCCCGUCGUGCAUCUUCUGGAAACAGCUUUGUCAAUCUUAUCCGAAACCGUUCUCGCAACUUUUCUCAAACCAAUCUCGCCGCUCCAGAAGCCGCCGACACUUCUGCGACCUCGUUCACCAAUGGAGGCACUGGGAGCGGUCGUUUGCGACGUUUCAGCUCAGUUUCGCGCAAGAUGAGUCUCAAGAUGCCCAACCUCAAAUCGCGUAGCAGCUCGGCCAGUAUCCGCGAUAGCCUCUACGACGAGCCUAAACAGAUGUCACCUGUUCCUCCUGUUCCUGCUCUACCUGCAGAGUAUCCUUCUACGGUUCCAGCCGUGGCAAAGCCUUCGGUGGACGGAUAUAAGGCCAUCGGUGCCAGCAGUGCCGUCAGCGGUGGUGGUGCUGGAUCGGGCAGAAGUCGCAAAUUCAGCAGAUCAGCUAGCCAGACUAUCCCUGCUCCCCUCGAGCCGAACGGCGAUGCGUACUCUGCGCCUCCUGCGGAUGUAAAGACAAUGGAAAAGUCUCCCAAUGCUCCCGAUCCAUUUGCUAAGGCAGACGGUCUGCUUGCUCGUGCUCGUUCGAGAAGAUCGGUCAGUGCUGCUCCCGCUCCCGCUUCCAACAGCACCACUGUCGAUGUGGCUAAUAGGAAAUCUUUCCUCUCGUCGACGACUGCUAAGGCUUCAGGUGCUGCUGGUACAUUGUUCCCUUUGAACCGCAGCAAGUCCAAUCGCAGCUUGCCUGGGCGUGGUGAGGCUGAGUCGGCAAAGGCUAAGCCGGAUGGUAUGGCUUCUGCUGCUCAGUCCGGCCGUGCUAGCGAGGAGGAGGAGGAGGAGGAGGAGCAACCGCCUCAGCGCAAUGCUAGAACUGCUAGGGGCAGGAACGGAGCUGCUGCUACACGUGCUCCUGCUCCUGCUCCUGCUCCUGCUCCUGCUCCUGCUCCUGCCCCUACAGCUGCUGACAGUGAUGAAGAAGAAGAAGAAAGCGACGAGGACGACUCGGAUCAAGACAGCUCCGAUGGUGAUGACUUCUUCGAUGCUCCCCUUGCCGACAUUUCUGAAGGUGAAGAAGAAGGGGAGGUGGAGGAGCAUGGUCACCGUGCAGCCGCAGGUGCAGCUCGUCAUCGCCGCAACAAGUCUAGCUCUUCCGCUCGAAGAGUCGGCAAUGGCGACACCAACGGCAGCACUGGAUCGCCUUACAAACCGAAGGGCACAGCCGGAGCUACACGUCGUGCUGGGCCCGUCUCCUCCACCGCCGAGGCCCGUGCUCGAUCCGAUACCUCCCAAGCAGUCCGAGACAAGGCCGCACGUGUCGCCAAACUCACCGCCACCGAUGUCAACAUCACCCCCCAGGAGCUGCGUCAAGACAUUGAAGUUGCACGCAAAGCUCUCAACCUCUUCCUCAACUCGCGCAUGAUCGAAGCCGAAUGUAUCAUCCAAGAGUACGCCGACUCGCGUCUUUACUACGCUUUGGGUUAUGCGCUGAUUGCGACCAUCAAAGGUUUCAUGACGUUCGAACCGGCUGAUUUGGCAAUUGCCAUUUCGCUCUGCAAGGACGCCCUCACGAUUGCCAACUUGUUGAGGAAACCGACGAGUGUCGUUUCCAACUUCGGCAGGUUUGUUACGGGUACAGGUCAGUCUCCCUCGGCUUUGUCGCAGAUGGACGAGGUGCAGAGGCAUGCCGAGUUGGUCUACGCUGAAGCGGUGCUGUUGAAGGCAGUGCUGGGUAUUGCGUAUGCAGGUGACUUCUUCGCGUUUGUUAGCGAGGCGUUGAACAUGCGUAACGCCUACGGUAUCUACAGGUCGCUGCAGAAGUACGUCGAUUGGGCCGAAGGCAAGGGCGAGAAGCUGGACGAAGAUUUCAAGUCUGGUGUAUACCUGGGUAACGGUCUGAUCAGUAUGAUUCUUGGCCUGGUGCCAGGAAAAGUUCUCAAAAUCAUGGAGGUGUUCGGCUACACGGGCGAUACAGCAUGGGCUAUGAAGACGCUAAGUAAAGCUGGUCAGUGGUCUGCUGAUCCUCGUCAGACCAAGCCUGGCAUGGCCAUCAAAGAAGAAGGCGUUCGACGACAGAUUUGCGACAUGUCCAUGCUCGCCUAUCACCUGGUCAUUUCCACCUUCAUCCCCGUCAAUGGUGUCGACAUUGAAUUUGCUGACAAGGUUUUGCAUUACAAUCUUGGCCGAUAUCCCGAAGGAGUCUUCUUCCUCUACUUCUCCGGUCGACUUUACUCGACCCAAGCACUCGCGGAAAAAGCAAUCUCCCAAUUCGAGACGGCUCGAGACAUCCAGAAGGAAUACGUGCAACUCAAACACAUCUGCAUCUGGGAUCUUUGCCUCUGCAACAUGUCCCUUGGCAAAUGGAAAGAUGCUCACGAUCAAUUUGCCAUUCUCGCAGAAGAAAAUAACUGGUCCAAAGCAGUUUACAACUACGGCCGUGCAGCAAACCUUUACGAAUCCGCCCAAGGCACCAACCAGAAAGCCAUGUCGGAAGCAGGAGAAAUCUUCCAUCGUGUCCCCAACCUCACUCAGAAGAUCGCAGGGAAGAGUAUCCCGAUGGAGAAAUUCGUCGCACGCAAAUCGAAAAAGUUUGCCACUUACAAUCGACUCCUACUCCCAGGACUCGAGUUUGCAUACGUCUACCACUGUCUAUCCAACGCUCCACGCUACAUGCUUUGCGACGAAGCGCUGGUCAUGGUCUCUGACGCCCUCACCGAGCUGCACGCGGUUGAAGACGCAAGUCAAUACUUUUCAGGAGAAGAAUACUACGAUGAUCUCUGCUUAGCACAUUUCCUCCGCGGAGUAUGUCUCAAGUAUAUCGCUUGCCCAGAAAGGCACUCGAAAGUUAGGCCUAAACAAUCUCCCAUUCCGCAAGACGAAGCGGUACAACAGGCCGAGAUGAGCUUCAGGACAGUGUUGCAACACGGACACCAGUUGAAGCUGGACCAUUGGUUGGUUUAUUUCGCACAUUACGAAUUGGGUCGACUAUAUGCAGCUAGGGGGAGAAUCGAGGAGGCAAAAGAACAGUUGUUGUUGGUACUAAGCCAGAAAGCUUUAGAAGAUAGAGGUAGAAAGGGCAAGUAUAGUUUGCAAAAUAUGGUCCAUCUAAGAGCAAACGGUGCGUUGAAUGGUAUUGAUGGCAGUGGAAAGUAG